CUCACGGACUUACUUGUUGCAAUAUUAAUAUUUCAAUGGCUGGGGAACGGGGUAUUGGCGGUGCACUACAGCGAUGAGAUGGAUAUAAACCCUCAGGAUUCCAAAUCCGGUGCAGAAGUGCCUGUCCCCGGAUUCGGACAUGUGGUUCAAAUCGCUGGAGGAGUAAGAUCACGUUUCUCUGGCUAUGGCAACGCUCUAACGUAAACAGAUGGUCCGAACAGACCAAGAUUUCAAAGAUGGAUUCGUCAUAGACGUUUUCUCACCAAAGGCCAGGACAGUAGUAGUUACCCAGAAUAUGACGCCGCUCGGAGCGAAAUUCGUCAGUGGGACUCAAGGGGAGAACUUCGUCGCCAUCUCAAACUAUUCGUACCAGAUCAAGACCAACGAUUCAGCCAACGACCUCAUCGCCAAGAUCGAGAUCCCCUUCCAGCCACAGAUGUUGGACCAAAUGAAUGUUUCCAGUGCAAACACGUUCGUCGCGGUGCUCGCUCCCGAUGGCAGGAGCUGGGUAGUUGACGAUUCGAUCCGGAAUGUCCACGUCACGCAGAACACGACGCGGUUGAUCAAGAUGACCCAGAUUGAUGGGGAGUACAUCCUCGUUGGCCGGAAAGAAAUUGACACGUCGAACAUCUUUCUCCAGUUCGGCAAUGGCCAGACGAGGACGGUGCAUUUGGCCGCGGGAAUUGGGACGCAGCAGAGCGAGUGGAUUGAUGGACUGCGGUUCAACGUACAGUCGGAUCAGCAGAUGCAAUUCAAUGUUAAUCUGCGCCCGGGUAUCAAUCCAGGGACAUUACCGGCGGGGACGGAGCCGUUGAAUACCUAUACAUGGGUGGUCAAUAGUAGCCAGCCGUUUGGGAAGAUGGAUGUUACGAUGAGUGUUCCUUGUACGUAUGCUCCUCUCUCUCCUCCACCUUAUAUAUAUGAAUUUGAGACUCACAAAUUGCCCAGUCAACAGAGCAAUGCUUGCAGCUAUGAGACCCGCUGGCUUCUCGCCCUCGACUAUGCUCACCGUCUUCAAGCGACCUCUGAACGCUUCUUCUGGAGUGUUCCUACCGCUUCUGGCUGAUAACCAGGUCGUGAAGGAGUUACCCGAGGAUCGGAUUGAGAUCACUAAGAUGACGCAGUUGGAUGGGGUGUAUGUGAUUCUGGUCACGCCGCCGAAACCUGUUGGUGAGAGUAUGUUUCCUCUUUCUUUUGUUCUUUCUUCCUCUUCGCUUCGUUUGAUUUCACUUGGAGGACUGUAUCUAAUUGAUGAACAGCUGGUGUGA